AUCAACACAUCCACACCACAGCACCCCCUCCUCUCUCCACCACACAUUCAUCAUGGCCGACAUCUACGUUGCAAAGAAGAUCGCUGCGAUCCUCCCCCCGCCCGCGUUCAGCGACAUUGCGAAGUCCUCCAACGACCUCAUCAACAAGGACUUCUACCACGCUGCUGCAGCCCAGCUCGAGGUUAAGCUCAAGGCUCCCAACGGUGUCAACUUCACCGCCAAGGGCACCUCGGCGCAUGAUGGACCUGUCUCCUCCUCGCUUGAGGGCAAGAAGGCGCUUUCCAACGGCAUCAGCAUCACCCAGUCGUGGAACACUGCCAACCUUCUCUCCACCAAGGUUGAGCUCAACGACACCCUCGCCGCCGGCCUGAAGGCUGAAGUCCUCAGCAACUUCAAGCCCGAUGCCGGAAACCAGGGCCAGAAGGUCAACUUCUUCUUCAAGCAGAACAACUUCCACGGUCGCGUCUUCGGUGACCUCAAGGCCUCUGGCGCCGUCAGCGCCAUCGCCGAUGCUGUCCUGAGCCACGAGGGCUUCCUCGUUGGUGGUGAGGUCGGCUACGACGUCCAGAAGGCUGCCAUCACCAAGUACUCUGCUGCCGUCGGAUACACCACCCCCAUCUACAACGCCGCCAUCACCGCCACCAACUCCCUCAGCGUGUUCUCCGCUGCCUACUACCAGAAGGUCAACACCGCUGUUGAGGCUGGUGCCCGCGCCACCUGGGACUCCAAGUCUCAGGGUGCCGUUGGUCUUGAGCUUGCCGCCAAGUACAAGAUCGACCCUGCCUCGUUCGCCAAGGCCAAGAUCAACAACCUUGGCAUUGCGUCCCUUGCCUACAACACCAAGGUUAACAGCGGUCUGACCUUCGGCGUUGGUGGCUCUUUCGAUACCCAGAAGCUCAACGAGUCGGGCCACAAGCUUGGCACCAGCUUCACUUUUGAGGGUUAAGCGCCUCGCGUUGGAUAGUAAAAGUGCGGAGUUUGGGUUAGACGAAGAUGUUUGAGUGGUUCUACAGCGGGUGGCUUCUCUCGCUCGCCGUGCAGACAUGAGCGAUGUACUGCGGCUUUUAGCAUGUAAAACUACUUGUCUCAAUGCAGCUCUAAAUUUGUUCAUACCCAUCUGGCU